AUGUCGUCGAAGAAGGAGGGCGGGAUCCUGAAGCGCGCGCGCUGGGGCGCGACGCACCGCAUCCACGACCACUUCGUCGACGGCUUCCCGCUGCUUUCGGAUCGCUUCGUGCGCGAGCGCGAGGCGGCGGAGCGGCGCUACGAGUACAACCUGGGCUCGCGCCACUUCGCGAGCAAGGCGGACGGCGAGGCGGGCAUCGGCGCGCUCAAGGCCCUGUUCCGGCGCCUCGACCGCGCGAUCGGCCUCGGCGACGCCGCGGUCGUCCAGGCGCUGCGCGUCGAAUUCGCGGCGGAGCUGGCGCUGUGGAAAUGGCGCAAGGGCGCGCGCGUCGAGUUCAAGCGGCGGCGCCUCGCCAAGGAGACGGAGGGCGGCGACGCCGCCGCCGCGGAGAAGAGCGCUGACUAA